AGGUGGGGUAGCUUACCUUUGCGGUCACGUGACGCCUCGGUGAGCUGCACCGGGGUAAAGGUGGACUGCUUUGUACCGCUCUUACUGUAAUCGGACUGCCGCCCUCAGCGUCCCAGACAAGUCGACUCUCUUUUUGUUUGGAACUAUAGGCGCACCUGGAAACUUUGUACUUCUUAUUUCGUCCAAAAUGUCCAUCAGUCGGAAGAACUGGUCGGCUCUUUCCAGCCUAGCGCGCCAGUGGACGAUGGAGGAUGAAGAGGAGGUGGAGAGGGAGAAGAGAAGGAGGGUGAAAAGCUCUGCAGACCCCGAUUCUGAUGCCAGUGAAACACGCAGAGAUACACCCACCAGUGACAGCAUCCCUGAGACAGACUCCUCGAGUGAGACGUCCCAGGGCCUCAACAGUGUGGACCAGAUGCAGCUAGAUUUCGUGGAGAUGCUGCGUGUCCGUGAUGAAAAGCGUAGAAUACGGCAUGUGGAGACGCUGAGAAAACAGAAGGAGGUCGGGGAGGAUGAAGGCGAGACCUGCAGUGGAGGGGCCAGGGUGGAGUUGUUGGGGGAUUUGGAUGUGGACGAGGGUAGUGUGUUUCCUCCCGUGCAAGCCACUAAACCACAACCACCAGUGAAAACCACGUCAUACAGUCCCACCAACAGCAACAGCAACAGCCGCAGCAGUAGUACGAGCACCAACAUCACAAACAGACAGCACGAAAAUGGGGAGUCGACGGGUAAAGCCCCUGAUCCCAAACCUCCGUCCAACCCGGCACGCAAGUUUGUCAGCUCUGUCUCCAUCUCACUCGACAGAAGUCCCUCAGUCAGCGGAUGCACAUCUCCCAUAAGCCCCCGCUCUCCAAAGGCCCCCCUUUCGCCUGGAGAACACUGGCCGUCACCUUGCCAAAGUCCCUCUUCUCGGGACGCUCAGAGUCCUGUUCAGAAUGGACACACACAUGAGACUGGUAAGAACGGCUCUCCCUCCAGCACCAACUUUGAACAGACUUCCAAACCUGCGUUUGUCCGACAGAGCUCCAGGACUAUAUCUUUCAGGAUGAUGAGGAAGAAAGAAGAGGAGACUUCACCGCUGCAGAGGAGUGCAAGUGUGAGGAUGGCCUCGAAGAAGUUUGAACCCAACACAGACCAAAAUGACAAUGAAGAUUCAGCACCAUCUUUGCAGAGAAACUCUAGGCAGAGGAUUUCCUCCAGGUCCAUCAAAGAGAAGAUGGAGAGGCUGGCUCAGGCUGCACAGAAGUCAGAUGUUGUGAAAUCUCCAGAUGUGACCCAGCGUACCCUGCACCUGCUUGAUGAGGUGUCCAGGAAGAGAGGUCUCUUUGAGAAGGAGCAGCAGGCCACAGCCCCCACCAGUCCUGGAGUUUCCAGACAGGAAUUUAGAAACUUUGCAUCAGGAAUGUCAGACCGGAUCAACCGCUGGCUCAACAAAGGUGACCAAACUGGGUCUUCACACAGUCCCACUGACUUGAGACAUGUGGACAUCACCAGCAUGAGGAGUAUGUUUGAGAGCAGAGCAGAGGGCAGUGUCCCCGAAACCACGCCUGCAAAAAUCUACAAGUGAAGGACAACUGUUCAUAACGCCUAACAGAAUUUGGAAGAAGGUGAAAGGGCACAAGGAGAAAGAUUAUCGGAUGACUCUGACUGAUUCUUUUCUUUCAAGCUUUUUAUUUUUGUUUCCGUCGCUGCCUUUGCUCACUGGAUGAAAAGACAUGACACAUAGAGAGCUAGCUAGAACUAGUUAAGUUAUUUUAAGGAGGAUACCAAAGAAGAUUUUGAAAUUAAGGAAGCUUCAAUAACACGCAUUUGCAUUUCUUCAUAGAGCAUUAUGUAUCUCCUUUUUAAAACACUGAAACCAGUUAGAUAUGUGUGAAAAAAAUCAACUGCAAAGGAAAGGAGGAGAGAAGCGACAGAAAAAAGGAGAGAUAUAUUUUUACAUGAAAUCCCUUCAGGUCUUGACUUUAAUUUGAGUAAUUUCAAAAGCACUUUAAAAAGGUGAAGGUCUUACAGCUAAUGAUACCUAUGUUUUAAUUAUAGCAGUGGGAAUUCUGGUGCUGUAAUUCUAUGUUUGAUUUUCUUAUCUGCUAAAAGACAUAUUUUAUUCUGUGUAAUAGUGGGCAGAAUGCCACCUGUCUGAGGAAUAAAAUGCUUUAUUGAC